AUGGCGGCCACCACAGCGAUGUUGUUCGUGCUCUCGCUACUGAUUGCGACGGCGUCUGCAGCAGAGGGGAAACUAAAAGAUCAAGACGACGAGUUUCUCUACGGAGAGUUCAGCAAGGAUUUCGUCUGGGCGACGGCAACGGCAGCAUACCAGAUCGAGGGCGGCUGGGACGAGGACGGUAAGGGACCGAGCGUAUGGGACACGAUCUCUCACGCGGGGCACGUGCUCAAUGGCGACACUGGUGACGUGGCAUGCGACAGCUACCACAAAUACAUGGAAGACGUCAUGAUGAAUAAAGCCAUGGGGAUGCAGGAACUGAUGAGAGCAGAGCGCACGGAACGAAUCUUCCGCUGCACGUCGGACAAUAUUUCGACAGGACAAUUCGAGGGCAGUGCGCACAUAGUCCUGCGGCUGGGGGAGUUCCACACCGAGAUGAGCUACCUUGGUCGCAUUGGUCAUCUGAUGGCAGGGUCGGGACUGCAAGAAGUACUUGAGCUUACGUACGCUAGUAACUCUGUAAGCCACAUGCUCACUGUGGAAGAGUUCACGUUCCAGAAAGCUGACCAAGCAGUUACUAUUGCUUCCAAAUCUACAAUGAAGAUCAAAGAACAAGCUGUGAAAGUAGACCCGCAGCUGAUAUUCCAGAGACUGGUCUUUGUUGGUGAACGCUCUGGAAAUUUACCAUCACUAUUCAAAUAUGAGCUGUGCGGUCACCCUCCUGCCUUGUUUGAUUCGUACGGUCUUCCAUUGACGGCCAGAAAGCCAGCCCUCGCCGAUGCUCUGUCGAACAUCGUAGAAGAAGUGCAACGAGAGCCCAGUCUCUACCACGUUGACUUUGACGACGACGACAGACCGAGGGUGGCUAAAGAUUCAUCAUACUACCUCAAGCAGAUCGUCCGCGAUAACGGAUUCCUACAGAAACCAGAGCCGGAAGCCACGGCACGCGGCGCCGCCACCUCCCAUCGCGCGCGACCGCCGCUAGAUGGCGCUGCGAACCUAGUCUGGCGCAGCGGGUCGGAGAUCUCCCAUGAUGGCGGCGGUCAAAACGACGCUGGCGGCAGUCUACACCCGGCGCUCCGGGAAUCGUCGCGCGGCGCCGACUUCCAGCCGAUCGUCCGCGACGCGGCGCCACCGUCGGGCGACGUCGACGUGCGGCUGGAUGACGUCACAGACUGGUUGACGGUGGUGCCGCUAGGCAGGCUUGGUAACCAGAUGUUUCAGUACGCGACGCUGUUGGGCGUUGCCAACGUUACGGGAAGAACCCCAGUGCUAAUGCGAUCCAUGGGCGCACUGAAGCAAGCUUUCAAUAUCCGCACGCCGACCGCCGACAUUCCCCGCCAGAGGCGCCACCAGCGACUCGUCAAGGUGCCCUUCGAGCGAUCCAUCUUCCAGCUGAACGCGACCACUAACGCCCUCUGGGGAUUCUUCAACUCCUGGUUCUACUUUAACCACGUUCGCGACCAGGUGGCGCUGGCGUUCACGUUCCGCGACGCUCCCGCCACCGCCGCGCGUCGGUUGCUAAGCGACCUCGCCGCCGGCCGCGGUGACGUCACGUUUGUCGGCGUGCACGUGCGACGCGGCGACUACGUCACAAAGUGGACGGUCGCCAACCGCGCGCGUACGGCGGACGAGCGCUACCUGGCGGCGGCUACGCGGUACUACCGACGACGCUACGCCAACCCUCUGUUUGUCGUCUGCAGCGACGACGUCGCCUGGUGCCGACGUAACGUGCGCGGCGACGACAUCGUUUAUUCCGACGUCGGUCACGCGCCUGCCGACGACCUAGCCGUGCUGGCACAGUGUAAUCACACGAUCAUGACGCAGGGCAGCUUCGGUUGGUGGGGCGCGUAUCUGUCUCCGGGUGAGAAAGUCUACUUCACCGACUAUUUCGAACAGGGAGCCCGCCAGCUGGCGCUGGGGUUCGACUACGUUUACAAGUUCCCGCCGCACUGGAUCGGUAUCUCCCCGGAUGAAGGGAUGAGGGAUCUGUAGCGCGACAGUGUGGGGGAGAGGGGGAGGGUGGAGAAAGGAAG